AUGGGAAACAACAACUCCACUCCAGGCGGAUCCAACUCCAAAGGCUCCGGCUCGGCCGGGCCUGACGGACCUCUCCAGUCUUACCCAUCGUUCAGCAGAUCUGACACCAAGGAAUCGUCCCGCUCAUUUCGAUCUCUAGGCUCAAAGAUCCGCGGUAGCAAGUCGGAUAGUCCUAGGAACUCACAGGUCUUAUCCAAUGGUGACACUGCGACCGAAACAAAGACUGAGGAACGACGAUCCAGUAGGCAUGGACGUUCAAGCUCUUCUCGACUGAGCCGCAGUGAGCUUCCUCCACUUAACACCGCUGCGUCAGACAUGUCAGCACCCGAAUCGGCCCUCGCAGAUUCGGCUAUUGCAGACGAUCAACCGCCUCCAUCUCCCGUUCAAGGAAACACCAAGGGCGGUGCCCACGAUGUGAGCGCUGCGCAAGCGUCGGGAGAGGUUGAUCAUGUUUCUGACCAGCCUCCGUCUGUCAACGCUGGAGCUACUGCGCACAUGCAAGCUCCAGGUCAGUCUAUCCUGGUGAAGCGAGAAAACACCAUCAACCCAGUCAACAGCCCCUCUGCCGAAUCCAAGACAGAGGGAAACUCCAAUGUCGCCAUGUCUGAGAUCAAGGAUAUCGAUCUCGAUGACUUUAUUAAGCGGCUCUUGGAUGCGGGUUAUGCUGGGAAGGUCACCAAGAGCGUCUGCCUCAAAAAUGCUGAGAUUGUGGCCAUUUGUCAGAGGGCUAGGGAAGUUCUGCUGUCACAGCCUGCUCUCUUAGAGUUGGAUGCCCCAGUAAAGGUCGUGGGUGAUGUCCACGGCCAGUAUACCGAUGUUAUCCGAAUGUUUGAGAUGUGUGGUUUCCCCCCCAACUCUAACUACCUUUUCCUCGGUGACUACGUUGAUCGAGGCAAGCAGUCUCUAGAGACUAUCCUGCUACUCCUCUGCUAUAAGCUCAAGUUCCCCGAGAACUUUUUUCUCCUCCGCGGAAAUCACGAGUGCGCCAAUGUCACGCGAGUUUAUGGCUUCUACGAUGAAUGCAAGCGAAGGUGCAAUGUCAAAAUCUGGAAGACGUUUAUUGACUGCUUUAAUACUUUACCCAUUGCGGCCAUUGUCGCGGGCAAGAUCUUCUGCGUUCACGGAGGACUUUCGCCUGCGCUAGUUCACAUGGACGAUAUUCGGAACAUUGCUCGACCGACAGAUGUCCCUGAUUAUGGACUAUUGAACGAUCUUCUUUGGUCUGACCCCGCAGACAUGGAACAAGACUGGGAAGCCAACGAGAGAGGUGUCAGUUAUUGUUUUGGCAAACGAGUCAUUACCGAAUUUUUAGCAGUGCAUGAUUUUGAUCUUAUUUGUCGUGCGCACAUGGUAGUCGAGGAUGGUUAUGAAUUCUUCAAUGAUAGGGUUCUGGUAACAGUGUUUAGUGCACCCAAUUAUUGCGGUGAGUUUGAUAACUGGGGUGCUGUUAUGUCAGUAUCUUCGGAGCUCCUCUGCAGCUUUGAGCUCCUCAAGCCUCUUGACUCGAGCGCUCUGAAGAGUCAUAUCAAGAAGAGCCGAAACAAGCGACAGCACAUGCUCAACAGUCCGCCCGCUAUGGUCCAACCUCAGAGCGUGUAA